UUUUAGUUUUCAUGGGUCCUAUGGUGACUGAGGAGUCCGAUCCGUGGCAGAUGUUGCGGGUGGUGUUGGAAGCCAGGGCUGGCCCGCGAUUGCCGUGUGACCGUUGUGUUUCCUUUCUUGGCUGGCGUUUUUCUGCGACCAGGGCAUGGCGAUUUUCCUCAACAGUGGACAUUCCCUCUGUGACAAGUCUUGGCCAGUUACCCCUCUCCUGGGCUGCUGUCUCCCAGCAUGUGGUGCUGAUGCCACAUCUCUUGAUGUUGAUCUUGCAGGUCUCUUUGAAGCGUUUCUUUUGGCCUCCCCGUGUCCUUUCUCCUUCGGUGAGCUGGGCAUACAGCCGUUGUUUUGGGCCAUGGAGCUGUCGCUGGCCCAGUGGGCGCUCGCCCUGCUCCUGCUGGCCGUGCCCCUGCUCUACGAGUGCAACGCCACCUUCCGGUACUUCUGCAAGAUGGCCUUCUACAACGGCUGGAUCCUGACGCUCGCCGUGCUGGUCAUCCCGCUCUGCGCCCUGCGGGGCCGCAGCGUGGAGAACAUGAAGAUCAUCCGGUUCAUGCUGCACCACGUGAAGUACCUGUACGGCAUCCGCAUCGAGGUGCGCGGCCUGGAGCAUUUCAACCUGCCCGAGCCCUACGUCGUCGUCUCCAACCACCAGAGCUCCCUCGACCUGCUGGGGAUGAUGGAGGUGCUGCCCGACCGCUGCGUGCCCAUAGCCAAGAAGGAGCUGAUGUACAUGGGCACCGUGGGGCUGGCCUGCUGGCUCGGCGGCAUCAUCUUCAUCAACCGCAAGAAAACGGACGACGCCAUCGGCGUCAUGUCGGAGACGGCGCAGACCAUGCUGCGCGACAAUGUCCGGGUCUGGGUGUUCCCCGAAGGAACCAGGAACCACAACGGCUCCAUGCUGCCCUUCAAACGCGGGGCCUUCCACCUGGCCGUGCAGGCCCAGGUGCCUGUGAUCCCCAUCGUGAUGUCCUCGUACCGCGAUUUCUACAGCAAGAAGGAGAGAAGAUUCACGACGGGGCGCUGUCUGAUCCAGGUGCUGGCGCCGAUGCCCACGCAGGGGCUGGGCCCGGAGGCGGUGCCGGCGCUGACGGAGCGCGUGCGCCAGGCCAUGCUCGAGGCCUUCGACAGCCUGUCGGGGGAGCUGAGCCCUGGCCCGGACCCCCCUGCCCCACAGUGACACCCCCGCCAGCCAGCUGGGGCGGAGCCUUUGCCGAGUGGGCGGAGCCAGCACCAGCCACGCCCACCAGGCAGAGCAGCCACGGACCAGAUCUACUAACCCAGCAUUCCGACACCCCCCUCCCGGUUUAGCCACUUGGUAUCUCCCGCUCCCCCACCAUCACCUCCCCCCAGUCCUGUCAACAUGGACUGAUCCACUCCAGUCUGAACCAUGGACUGAUCCAUUCCAGUUUCCUAACGGGGGAAGGAGGAUUAAACAAUGGACUGAUCCAUUCCAGCUUGAACCAUGGACUGAUCCAUUCCAAUUUCCUAACCGGGGAAGGAGGAUUAAAUAAUGGACCAUCCACUCUAGCCUCCUGCUGGGAGGACGAACAGACGCUGUGGACCAACCCAUUCCUCCCUCCCACAGGGGGGAACCGGGGAAAAAAAGGACCUCAUGGAUUGUUCCACUCCAACCUGCCCCAGGAAGAAAGCAAACUGCAGACUGUUCCACUUCAACCUUUGGGGGGAGCAGAGAAAGAAGGCCAGGGACUGUUCCACUCCAACCUCCUGGUAGGGGGAGGGAAGGAAGCUGGACCGGUCCACUCCAACCUCCUGUGGGGGGGGGGAGAAAGCCACAGACCAUUCCACUCUACCCUCCUGCUCGGG